GCGGGUCUGUCUCCCGGGUGACAGGAGGCCAAGAUGGCGGCGCUGGAGGUGGCGGCGCGGCGAAGCGCGCCCGGCUUUGAAUGAGGGGCGGCCGGAGGCUGCGGGAGCGGCCGCCUCGGCCCCUGGCGCCCCGCGCCCCCCGGGCAGCCCUUCUCUCCCUCGGGGCAGGGCAGUAUUGGAGCAGCCUACCUAACGAUCCACCUUCCUGACUCUUCCUAACUUAAAGCCUGGAAUAUAAAAAGUGAUUUAAAUGCCAUAGCAUAUUUGAAAUCAAGCUGUCCUUCCAUGGAAUACUCAUGGCCUGAGGAAAAUGUCACAGGGCUGCCUUCUCUUCUCGCCAGGAGGAAGGGUUUCUCACCAUGGCCAUAACACAGUUUCGACUCUUUAAAAUCUGUACUUGCCUGGCAGCAGUGCUGUCUUUCAUUAAAAAGUUAAUAUGCAGGUCUGGAAGAGGACGAAAAUUAAGUGGAGACCAGAUAACUUUGCCAACCACAGUGGAUUAUUCAUCUGUUCCUAAACAGCCAGAAGUAGAAGACUGGUCUUCAUGGGAUGAAGAUGCACCCACCAGUGUGAAGAUUGAAGGUGGCAAUGGUAAUGUGGCUGCUCAGCAAAAUCCUUUGGAACAAAUGGAACCUGAUUAUUUCAAAGAUAUGACACCAACUAUAAGAAAAACUCAAAAAAUAGUCAUUAAAAAACGAGAGCCUUUAAAUUUUGGGAUUCCAGAGGGAAACACAGGAUUCUCUAGCAGAUUAGCAGCUACACAAGAUAUCCCUUUUAUUCACCAGUCUCCUGAACUUGGAGACUUGGAUACUUGGCAAGAAAAUACUAAUGCCUGGGAAGAAGAGGAAGAUGCUGCCUGGCAGGCAGAAGAAGUUCUUAGACAACAGAAGAUAGCAGAAAGGGAAAAAAGAGCAGCAGAACAACAACGAAAGAAAAUGGAGAAAGAAGCCCAAAGGCUAAUGAAAAAGGAGCAAAAUAAAAUUGGUGUAAAACUGUCCUAACAGAAAUCAGGCAUCAGUGGCAGUGCCAGUGAAAAAAAAAAUUUCAGCUCUACAACAUGCAUAUUGGUAUUGAUUUAAGUAUUUCUAGGACUUCAACGCACUGCUUGGUUCCAAUGCAUUCUUCAGGUCAUCUUGGAAACCAGGGUUCUCUCACAGUAUCUUGAACUAAGUAAGUGGUUCUUGAAGGAGAAGAAAACUCCACAGAAAAUCAUGCCUUGAUGGAAUGAUGUUUCCUGCAAUAGUUUUAUUCCAGCACCCUUCUUCACAGCAAAGGUGAUUGCGCAAGGAUAUUGAUUGGAAGACACUCUUAAUGAACAGCUCAAGCCUAAGGAAAAGAAUGUAAAUAUUCAAUGGUGGGAAUUACUGUAUUGUCUGUGCUUACCUGAAACAUGUAAUUAAACAGUUUUAAAGAA